AAAAAAAAAAAAAAAAAACAAGGUAGGCUAAUAGGAAUCAAAUGGUUGGCCCAAAUAUAGUUGUGCAUUCAAGGGCCCAAUCUUAUCACCCAUACUGAGAUAACUUCCGGAGUUGCAGUCACAAGAUGAUGAUAGCGCUACACCCAAUCCUUUUCCUCACUUGGAGAAGAAGAAAGUAAAGAAGGCUCACUCUACUCUACUGUAUGUUCCUCCUUAGCUCCAUUUCCAUUUCAUCUUCCCUUUAAUCUCUUUCUUGAUUUCCUGCAUCUUUUAAUCUUUAAAUGCUCAACCAUAACUUCAUAUGAAGUUUCUUGUCUUGUCAAAAUUCUGGAGAUAAGGAAUUGUUUAUUUGUUUCUUUCACGAAACUGUUCAAUUCAUGACUAUGCUUAUAAAUUCAUCGCCUCCAUUAACAAACCCAUCUCCGGAUCUCGCAAGAAAACCCUGUGAAUUAUUGCCCGAAAGGCCCAAACUUUAUCAUUCCUUGCUGCGAAAGAAGAGGCUUCCUAGAGUAUUAGCCGUUGCCCAGGCCCGUAUUGCUAAUUCUUCUAAGAAGCAGCAGAGCGGCUUAGCCGUGAAGGGUGGUGUUAUUGUUCUUCCCAACUGGAAUUACCAAAGAACCAAAGAACAUAAGCUAUUUGAUGCAGUUAUCUAUUUAGAGAAUAUGGCAAAGAAGGGUUAUAAGCCUGAUUUAGCCCAGGCUACUGACCUGGUUUGUGCUCUUUGCCAACGAAAUAAGCCCGGAAAAGCGAGCAGAGUUAUAGAAGUGAUGGGUAGGUCUGGGAGUAUCCCAGAUGCUAGGUCUUACACUUUCUUGGUGAAUGUCUUGUGCAAGAAAGGAAGUGUUGGGCAUGCGAUGCAAUUAGUCGAAAAGAUGGAGGAGUAUGGGUACACCGCGGAUAAUGUGACCUAUAAUUGUCUUGUAAGAGGGCUUUGUAAGCGAGGGAAGUUGACUCUUAGCCUCCAGUUUAUCGAUAGGUUGAUGCAAAAAGGAUUGGUCCCGGAUUCAUAUACUUAUACGGUCUUGCUUCAAGCUACUUAUAUCGAGAGGGGGGUUGAUGAGGCUAUGGUUCUCUUGGAAAACAUAGUUGCCAAUGGUGAUAAGCCUACUUUGGAAAAUUACAAUGUUGUGUUGACGGGGCUAUGCAAGGAGGGAAGAGUCGAUGAAGCUAUAGAUUUCUUUAGGAAAUUCCCGGUUAAAGGGUUUAGUCCUGACGUCGUUAGCUACAAUAUUGUGUUGAGUCCCUUGUGCUUUGAAGGGCGUUGGGAGGAGGCAUACCGGCUUCUUGGUGACAUGGCUAGAGAGGGUAUUUCCCCGGAUGUGUUAACCUACAAUAUUUUAAUUGGUUCGCUUGCUCUUCAAGGCCAAGUUAGUAAUGCGCUUGAUAUCUUGGAUGAAAUGUGUUCGAGGAAUAAGUUGAAGCCAACUGCUGCGAGUUAUAAUCCAAUAAUUGCCCGCCUUUGUAAAGAAAAGAAGGUGAAUGCCGUGAGGGAGUGUCUUAACGAGAUGAUUAUCCAACGGUGUGACCCCGAUGAUGGAACAUAUAACGCUAUUGCUGUUCUUUAUGAGGAGGGGAUGGGGCAAGAGGCUUUCAAAAUCUUCGAGGUUUUGAGGGUCAAACAGAGUCGCCCCUUCCAAGAUUUCUAUGGAACCGCGAUUUCUAGAUUUUGCAGGAAGGGAAACAUGUACCCAGCAUUCCAGCUUUUGUACGAUCUGACAAUGGCCGGAUUUACUCCCAACGCAAACACGUAUUCCUCCCUGAUCAGAGGGUUGUGCGCGGAGGGAAUGCUGGGUGCUGCCAUCGAGAUGCUUAGGAUUCUCGAGGCGAACUGUGAUAGGCUAGACAUUAUGAACUUCAACACUCUAAUACUCGGGCUAUGCAAAUGUGGAAGAACGGAUUUGUCAUUGGCGAUUUACGAGGAGAUGAUCGAGAAAGGCUAUAAGCCAAACGAGAAAACAUAUACCAUUAUAGUCGAAGGGCUCGCCCACGAAGAGGAACUCGAGCUGGCGGGUUUAGUCUUGAAAGAGUUGCAUAUGAGAGAAGUGAUUACUACAAUUACAUUCCAGCGGUUUUACAUGCAGUAUGACCUCGAGCGCUUGUCAACAUAGCGAAGGUAAUCAUCGGGACUUUGCACAUGAUACAGAACUGACUUGCCACAUUAUUGUGAGUAACCUCCAACCGCAACCCUGUUGGUUAUUUUGUGUAUAUGUUAUCUCGUUUUCUGAUGUGGCCGAGUCGAAAAUUACUGCCAUAAAAAUGGUUCCUUUAUCAGAAAUAUUAUCUUCAAUGGCAUGGAUAUGAUAAGAAACAACAAAGUAGUGUGUAUGUAUUCUCCCAGAAGUGGUUUUGGUUUUGGUUGAGAAAUUGGUAGCAGCUGAGGUGAAAGAUUGUAGUGUAUUCCUUCCCUUGUGCAGAUGUGUAUUUUAUAAGUCCCUUCUUUU